AUGGACGAUCCAGUAAAUAUUGAUUCAGUAACAUUGGAUUUUGAAAAGUUAUUCGAAAAUCAUGAAGAUUAUAACGUAAAAAUUAUAGUUGGUGAAGAACCCAACGUUAAAGAAUUCAAAGCACACAAGUUUAUCUUAACUAGUAGAUCAGAUUAUUUUAAAAGUGCAUUGUCUUUACGAUGGGAAAGAGUAGAAAAUGGAAUCAACAUUUUCAAAAAACCUAAUAUUUCGCCUUCGGUAUUUGAAACUCUUUUAAAGUACAUUUAUACUGGUGUAAUUUCCGUGGAAAACAAUGAAAUUAGUCUUGUUGAUAUUAUUAUUGCGAGCGACGAGCUUCAAUUGCUUGAACUCUGUCAACAACUUGAAAAACGAUUACUUGAAGAUGACUUGAUUUGGAAGCCAAGAGACUUUAUCGCGGCUCUUGGGUAUGAUCAUUUCACUAAAUUGUAUGAUGUCUCGAUGGAAUUCACGUGCAGAAAUCCUAAAAUUAUUUUCGAAUCAGAAGAUUUCUUUAAUAUGAAAGAAGCUCAUCUCAUUAAUCUUUUGAAAUGUGAUGACCUUGAAUUAGACGAAAUUGAAAUUUGGGAAUACCUAAUUCAAUGGGGGAUAGAAAACACCGAUUCGAUCUUAUAUUAUAAUUUAAUAAAAUGGACACCGGAGAAUUUCACGGACCUGAAAAAUACACUGCGUAAUUGUAUUCCUCACAUACGAUUCUUUCACAUGUCACAUGGCGAUUAUAUAAAACUUAGAGCUCAUUUUAAGGAUAUUCUACCAGACGGUCUAGAUGAUGAGAUUACUCGAUAUUUUUCGGAUCCUAAUUUUAAACCUUCAAUUGACAUUUUACCAUUAAGAAAGUAUCUACUUGAAUCAAAUAUUAUCGAUGCAAAAGAUGCAGGAUUGAUAGCCAGCUGGAUAGAUAGGCAAGAAAUGCCGUACCAUUUUAGAGAUUUGCCUUUUAAGUUUAAGCUUAUUUAUCGUGCUAGUCGUGAUGGUUUCAAGUUUGAAAAUUUUCAUAAAAAUUGUGAUAAUCGAGGUCCAACACUUGUAGUCAUUAAAGUUUACAAAUCUGGAGAGAUAGUUGGAGGAUUCAAUCCAUUAGAAUGGGGUUAUGAAAUGGAAUACAAAAGUUUUUCUCGUAUUAAUAGUAAAUAUAAAAUUUCAGAUAGUUUUAUAUUUUCAUUAACAAAUCGAGAAACUCCGAUAUUAAGUCGAGUCUCUUCUAAAGAACUGGCGAUCCUUUGUUGCGAAGGAAAAGGGCCAUGCUUUGGUUUAUAUGAUUUGCUUAUCGAUUCAACAGUAUAUCGUAACUAUCUUAUUUUCGAGAGCAAAGUAUAUUCUUAUGAGAAGGAAAUUAUCGACAGAGGAGUUUAUAAAAUAGAAGAUUACGAAGUGUUUCAAAUUAUUGAUGAAAGACUUUCCACAAAAAUGUCUAAAUAUCGAUUACGUUUAAAGAAAUUUUUAAAAUUAUAA